AUGGCGCUGACCUUUGCAUCGCCUUCCUUGACCAAGGAACUUGCGUCACCAGUACAGAAAGCCGGGGCCCGAACCCCACAUGGGAUCGUGGAAAUUCAGAGCUGCAAAGAAAGACACCGAGCGGUGACUGCCGGAGCUCUCGUAUUGGGUGCUGGAUUUUGCAGAUCUCAAGCUCGUAAGAGCAAGCGAUGUCGGCUCCAAGCUGGAAGUGCUGGAGUGAAAGAGUCAGUUCCCACGGGGCAGGAACAGCAGGAGCGAGGCGAGAAAUGUGGCGAGGACGAUCGUUUGGUGAGGUACCUGGGUGGGAAUGUGUCGGUUCGCGCCAUUUCUGCUAAAGGCUUGGUGCAGAGGGUCACCGAGAUGCACAACUGCUCUCCCAUGGCUUCCAUUGCGCUCGGCCGUUCGCUGAUGGCCACAGCAUUGCUGGCAAACGGUCGUGAUGAGGGCGAAAACCUUCAGAUGCGCAUACAAGGGACUGGCCCGAUUGGAACAAUCAUCACGGAAGCAUCUUCAGCCCUGACAUGUCGCGGCAUGGUUGGUUACCCAAGUGCAGAUGCCGCCUCCGUGCCGGAACUCGUGGGCAUGAACGAGGCUGCCACUCUUCGACUGACCCGGACGCAUCCCUUUUGGAAGCGACCCUACACCGGCACGAUCGCGUUGAGGUGUGGAGAGAUUGCUGAGGAUGUCGUGCAGUAUUUGGCCAAGAGUGAGCAGACUCCUGCAUCCAUGGGCCUCAGUGUGGAAUGGGAUGCAGAGGCGGGCUGUGUCAAAGCUGCAGAAGGCUGGCUGGUAACGCUGCUGCCAGGUUGGGAAGAAACAGAAGUUGCUGUCGUUGAGACCAAUAUCAAGACUUUUCCCAACAUGGACACCAGCGACUCAUCUCGUCCCGACGCCAUUUGCCAACACAUGAUGCGAGAGCUUCGUGGUGAGUUCCAAGCAGAACAAACACCCACCUUCCGCUGCCCUUGUUCCAAGUCACGGUUGGCGACGGCUGUGAUGAUGCUCGGGAAGGAGGAGGUGCUUAACAUUAUUGAGGAGAAGGAGAAUGUCGAGGCGAAGUGUGAUUGGUGCGGAACACCGCACGUCCUUACACCAGAAGAACUAUCUGUCUUUCUGACAAGAAAGAGCAUGGCUCCUGCUGAAGACUUGGCCAACACACCGGCUGAGAGAGCUGCUGGUGCUGCUGGUGUUCGGUCCUCGGCGCUGGAAGCAGAAGAGCUUGCUGCCGCGAAGGAGAUCUCCGUUGGAGGGCAGGGGCAUGUGAUCAUCCUGGGAGCUGGUCUGGUCGGCUCAUUGUGUGCGGUAGUCCUCUUGCAGAAAGGCUUCAAGGUUCAUCUUUUUGAGCGCUACCAAGACAUCCGAUCUAUACCCAGUGCCGGAAGGUCCAUCAACUUGAGUGUUACUAGCCGUGGACUCCGAGCAAUUAAAGCUCUAGGUGGAACACUUUACAGCGACAUCAUUGCAAAAUUGACUACCAAAGUCAUGGGCCGGAUCAUUCACAUGCCCGACGGGAAGGCUAUUUUCCAAAGGUAUGGCAAAGAUGAUACCGAGCACAAUUACUCUGUGUCGCGUUUGGAUCUCAACAAGUUCCUCCUGAAUGCAGCUGCUGAUGCCGGCGCAGAGCUGCACUUCGACCAUGGCCUGCUUGAAAGCUCUGACUUCUUGACAGACGGCAGCAUCGGAAGCUGCCUGCAUUUCAAGCGGGGCACGGGCUUCUUGAAGGUUCAUGCAGACUGCCCGGUGAUUGCAUGCGAUGGUGCCGGUUCUCGGGUUCGGUAUGCGCUCCGUCGCUGUGGCUUGACAGAGUUUACAGAGGACCUGCUCACCCGAGGGUACAAGGAGGUGCUCUUUCCGAAGCCUGAAGAGGGAAGGGAAUUUGGGGCCACAGGUGAGCAUGGCGAAGCGUGCGAUGGCAGGUUGGGCUUGCACAUCUGGCCGCGAGGCGACCACAUGCUCAUGGCUUUAGCAAAUCGAGAUGGGUCUUUCACCGGGACCAUCUACAUGGACAAUGAGGGUGAGGAAGAAGCAUUUGCAGCGUUUACAGACACGCCUGAAGGCCGAGCAAAGUGUUCUCAAUUCUGCGAGAAGUAUUACUCAGAUGCAAUCCCGCACGUCGGCGGCCUGGAAAGCCUCGUGAACCAGAUUGUCAAGAAUCCGACCGGCAUCCUCGGAACAGUUCGAGCAACAAAGUGGACAUCCCAGGGCAAGGUCCUGCUUAUCGGUGACUCCUGCCACGCGAUGGUUCCUUUUUUUGGCCAGGGCUGUAACUGUGGCUUCGAAGACACAUUGUGGCUCAGUAAGCUCAUCGACAGGUACUGUUGCGAUGCGGGCAAGGUCUCCGCAGAGAAGUGUACUGGAGAGAAUUUUGCGGCCUGCUUUGCAGCCGUGGAGGCAGAACGAAAGCCAAGUGCAGAUGCCAUCUGUGAGAUGGCCCUUGAAAAUUUUCUGGAGAUGCGGGACAAGACAGGCGAUGUGAAGUUCCAAGUCUUGAAGAAGGUUGAGAACCGUCUGGAAAAUGUUUUUCCAGACAAGUUCAGGAGCCGGUAUGCCAUGGUUUGCUAUGGAGGAGAGGGGAACGUUUCCUACGCGAACGCGAAGCACCUGGGCAUUGUCCAAACCAGCAUCCUCGAGAAGCUGUGGGACAGCUCCGGCGGCAUAGCUCCAGAGCAGGUCAACUCAAUCGAGCUUGAUGAGGCCGAAAAGCUGAUUGACCAGCUUCUGGUGCCCAGGCAGAAGGAGCUCGGCAUUGACCUCUCAACCAUCAAGCACUGA